AUGAACGGCAUUUACCGGUUUUUGUUACCAAGUACACCAGUACGUUUCUGGUCAACGUCUGGACGAUCGUCUACGUCAUUUGGUGUUCCAACUACUAUAUUGUCGUCGUCACGGGUUUUGGUUAUUGCUAAUCAAUUUUCUUCUUCGAUGUCCUCUCCGAGAACUACGUCAACUGAUGUAAUUACGAAGCGAUUUGAUAAUAUAAUCAAGUCACAAGAGGACAAAAGAGAGUAUCGAGGACUGGAGCUAAAAAAUGGUCUACGAUUUCUGCUCAUUUCCGAUCCAAAGACAGACAAAAGUGCUGCAUCAUUGGAUGUAAAUGUUGGGCAUCUUAUGGAUCCUUGGAAUUUGCCUGGUUUGGCACAUUUUUGUGAACAUAUGCUGUUUUUGGGUACCGACAAAUAUCCAUCUGAAAAUGAAUAUAAUAAAUUUAUAUCAUCGCAUGGUGGUGUAACGAAUGCUUAUACAGCUGCUGAUCAUACAAAUUACCAUUUUGACAUAGCUCCUGAACAUCUAGACGGUGCUUUAAAUAGGUUUGUGCAAUUUUUUCUGUGUCCACAAUUCACAGAAAGUGCAACCGAACGUGAAGUGCAGGCAGUUGAUUCUGAAUUUUCAAACAGUCUCUUUAAUGAUCAGUGGAGAAUUCUGCAAGUUGAACGUCUAUUCCAUCUAGCUGCAUUAAGGUCACUUUCAAAGCCUUCUCAUGACUAUGGCAAAUUCGGCACAGGCAAUCGUACAACACUUAUGGUUGAUGCAUUGCAAAAUGGGAUUGAACCGCGCAAAGCAUUGUUGGAUUUUCAUAAAACUUAUUACUCAUCUGAUAUAAUGACGUGUUCUAUUUUGGGAAAGGAAUCUCUGGAUCAGCUAGAAAAAAUAGUGACGUCACUAAGUUUUGGAAGCAUAGAAAAGAAAAAUGUGGCCAGAAAAAUAUGGAAUGAAGGACCUUAUGGUGAAGAACAGUUGGGAGUCAAAGUUGAAAUAAUACCUGUGAAAGAUCUCAGAUAUUUAACUUUAACAUUUCCAAUUCGUGAUUACAGAGAUGAUUAUAGAUGUUGGCCUGCCCAUUAUGUUUCUCAUCUUAUUGGUCACGAAGGUCCAGGAUCUUUAUUAUCUGAAUUAAAAAAGCGCGGAUGGGUUAAUUCUUUGUCUGCUGGUGAUCGUUUGUUAGCUAGGGGUUUUGGUAUUUUCACAAUAUCAGUGGAUUUAAGUGAAGAAGGUUUAUUGCACGCUGACGAUAUUGUUGAACUGGUGUUCAGUGAAAUAGGUUUAAUAAAGCAAGCAGGACCGUUGAAAUGGAUUUUUGAUGAACUGAAGCAGUUGCAAGAGAUCAAAUUCCGUUUUAAAGACAAAGAAAAUCCACUGAAUUAUGUAACGAACUUGUCCUCAGAGUUACAGCGAAUACCUUUCGAAGACAUAAUUUGUUCAGAUUACAAAAUGGAUUUAUAUAAGCCAAAUCUGAUACAAGAGCUGAUUGAAUAUUUGGAGCCAAAAAAUAUGUUUUUUACGAUAAUUUCUCAACAGUUUGCUGGCAAAGAAGGUAACGUGAAAGAAAAGUGGUAUGGAACCGAAUAUAAUACUGAAAAAAUCCAAAAAGUAAAUAUGGAAAAAUUUUGCGAUGCACUCGUUCAUGUACCUGAUUUCUUUAGUUUGCCGGCUAAAAAUGAGUAUAUUGCGACUAAAUUUGAUUUGAAGUCUCGAGAGAAAACCAGAGAGGAACCUUAUUUGAUUAUAAAUAAUGAUUGGUGUCGAUUGUGGUUCAAGCAGGACUGUGAAUUUAAACUGCCGAAACUCAGUACUAGAAUAUCUUUGAAAUCACCAAUGAUGCAGUCAAAUCCGUUGAAUGCUUACUUAUCUACCAUGUUAAUCAUUUGUUUACAGGAUGCCAUCGCUGAAGAAACAUAUAACGCAUAUCUUGCUGGUUUAAAAUCAUCAUUUGAUCUGAAAAUGAAUGGUAUUACAUUGCGAGUGUCAGGUUAUGAUGAGAAACAUCGGAAAUAUGUUAACGAUUUGAUACAGCGGCUCAUUACUUUUAUACCUGAUGAGAAUCGAUAUGAGGUAUUGAAAGAAACACUUUGUCGAAAUUUACGGAAUUUUCGACAGAGCCAGCCAUAUAUGCAAUCACAUUAUUAUACUACCCUGCUGCUUGGCAGCCGGCAGUGGAGUAAGGAAGAGAUACUGUCUUGCGCUGAAAACUGUGGAGUGGGAAGGUUGCGAAAAUAUGCUCGUGAAUGCCUUCAAGCGUUACACAUUGAAGCUCUUGUUUAUGGCAAUAGUGAUGAAAAAGAAUCAAUGGAAAUUCUCAAUGAUGUUGUUUCACGAUUUAAAGAACUUCCGGAUACUCGACCUUUGUUUGAUAGCGAGUUGGAUGACUGCAGAGAACAUGAAAUUCCCAAAGGAUCUCACUAUGUAUACAAAGCAUUUCAACCAACUCAUCCAAAUGCUUCCAUUAAUUAUUUCAUGCAAACGGGCCAGCAGAGCACUCGCGAAAAUGUUUUGUUGGAAUUAAUUGUGCAGUUGGCUGCUGAACCUGCUUUCAAUCAGUUGAGGACUGCAGAACAGCUAGGCUACAUCGUUCACACUGGAGCUCGUCGAAGUAAUGGCGUUCAAGGGAUAGAAUUGCUGAUUCAAGGACAGCAUGACCCAGAAUUUAUGGAAGAGAGAAUAGAAGCAUUUCUUUUGAAAUUCAGGUCUGAUCUCGAAGCUAUGUCGGACAAUGAGUUUCAAGAUAAUGUGGAAGCUUUGGCUACUAAACGCCUCGAAAAACCAAAAACAUUGAAAGCUCAAGCUGAUCGCUACUGGACUGAAGUGGAUAAUGGGUUUUAUUUAUUUCAAAGAGAUGGCAUUGAGAUACCUAUACUGCGAAAGUUAACUAAAGCAGAUGUGAUUAAAUAUUUCGAUCAACAUUUCGCGGUCGGUUCAUCAGAGAAACGCAAACUCUCUGCUAUGGUUUAUGCUAAUCACGAAAAUGAGGAAACAGUUAAUAAAAAGGAGCAAAUAAAAUCUGGUGCUUCUGGAGAUGCAAAACAAACAGUCGAACGAAUUAAUGAUGUAAAAGCAUUUAAAUCUCGAUUGUCACUUUAUCCAUUACCGCAGCCUGCAGUCGAUAUCAGUGGACAUGUUCCAAAAGUGAAAGAUCAAAACGAAUGA